CCUAUCACUUUUGACCUGAGAUGGUGGAUGUCCCAGAUAACCCCUAUUCAUCCCAGAGUUCCUCUCUAUCCAGCUGUCUCCUCCUCCUUCUCUAUCUCAUGGAGCUGAAUGCCGACGACGGAUUGGUGAUUGGUCAUAGGGAACCAAUUCUGGCCGUGGUGGGGCAGGAGGUGGAGUUUCUCUGCUACCUACCUUCCAGACUGGAUGCAGAAGACAUGGAGAUACGUUUUUUCCGGAACAAAGUCUCUGAAAUUGUCUUUAUCUACCAAGAUAGGCAGGACCUAUUCAAUAGACAAAUGGUAGAGUACCGGGACCGGGUGCAAUUAAUAAAGGAUUACAUCCAGGAAGGAAUGGUGGCACUGCGCCUCCUCCACAUUAUCCCUGCUGAUGAGGGUCAAUAUGGAUGCCUCUUUCAAUCUAAGAACUUCUCCAACAACGCUACCUGGAAGUUGGAAGUUGCAGGGCUGGGCUCAGAUCCACACAUCUACUUUGAAGGUUUUGAAGAAGGAGGCAUCCAGUUGAGAUGCAGCUCCAAAGGCUGGUAUCCCAGACCAAAGGCAAUAUGGAAAGAUUAUCAAGGGCAAGAACUGCCCUCCCUAUCAGAAGCUAUAACCCAGGAUACUCAGCGAAUGUUCCACUUGGAAAUGUCUGUGGUGGUCAAAGAGGGGUACCAUAGCAAUGUGGUUUGUUCCAUCCAGAACACCCUCUUAGUGGAGGAGAAAGAGUUUACAAUUCAUAUAGCAGAUGUAUUUUUCCCAAACAACUCUGCCUGGAGAGGAGCAUUCACUGGAACCUUCAUGGGGCUAGCUACCAUCCUGGUGCUCUUCAUGAUUCUGGCAUUCUAUUUCUUCCAGAAGCAACGGAGAUCCAAAGGAAAAUUCACAGCUGAGCUUGGUAAACUUCAGACAGAAAUUGACUGGAGAAGGGCAGAAGGACAGGCUGAGUGGAGAGCAGCCAGAAGAUAUGCAGUGAAUAUAACUCUGGAUUUGGCUACUGCUCAUCCCAACCUUAAAGUCUCCGAAGAUGGCAAGAGUGUUAUCUAUUGUAAUACAAAGCAAGACCUGCCAGAUGACCCUAAGAGAUUUGAAGACCAGCUUUGUGUCCUCGGUCAGGAGGGUUUCAUCUCAGGGAAGCACUAUUGGGAGGUAGAGGUCGGGGAGAAAAGUAGAUGGUUCUUGGGUGUGUGUUAUGACUCAGUGGAACGCAAAGAGGAGGUAGAGCUAUGCCCCGGGACUGGUUACUGGGUGAUAGGGCUGUGGAAUGGCUGUGAGUAUUUUAUUUUCAAUCCUUAUAGAGUAUCUCUAUCAUUGAGAGUGCCCCCCAGGAGGGUAGGGGUCUUCUUGAACUAUGAAGCUGGGCAGGUUUCUUUCUUCAAUGUGACUGACAACUCCCACAUAUUCACCUUCACUGACAAAUUCUCUGGGACUCUGCGCCCCUAUUUUAGGCCCCGAUCUCAUGACGGAGGAGAACAGGUUAUUCCUUUGACCAUCUGCCCAUUGCCCGACAUGGGUGAUGGAGUAGCUGCCAAGGAUGAUGAUGAUGAUUGUGACACCUGGUUACAACCCUAUGAUUUAUCAGACAGCACUGCACUUGAGUGGUAAGGAUCCUUAAGACCUAGGCAGGGUACUUUCCCAAAAUGUGCUAUCUAAGCUUUGGGAAAAAUCUCCAUUUUCUAAGUCUUCCAGAAAGCAAUAAAGCUUAUGUAAGCACAUAAAUACUAGAUAGUCAAUUCAGAGUUAUCUAUUAUGGUGGGAGACAAGAAGAGCACAUAUUAACUGGAGGGCAUUAUUCACCUCAAUUUAGCUACCCAAAGGGGUACCACCUUCUUCUAACUCUGCCCCGCCCAAAUCUUUUUAAGUAGAGUUGCUCAUGGAUAAUUAGAACUUCUUCUAUAUCCUUGCUCCCCACCCACUCCCAGACAUGCCCACCCUCCGGUGGUAAGUCAUCACUGUGUUAAAAUAUCAGGAAACAAAAUGGAAAGAAAAGGGAGGGGUAUGGAUGUUCAUGUAACAAUCAUCCUCUGAUCGAGAUGAAAAAUAAAUGAUGUAUUUCUUAAAUAUUCUUAAUGAACCAAAAAGGAAUUGAUCAUUCAUAAGCAACUAACUAUCCUAUAGGAAUGAAAUGAUUAUUACUUACACAAUAUAUUGUGGAUUUAUUUGUAAAAGAAUGUCUAUUGCUAAAUGCUUGGCAGUACAAAAGCUAAAAAUAAGUAAAGGUAUUUUUAAAACAAAUUGACUUUGGGAUUUAUUCAACUAGCUGUUCUCAUGUUCUUAGUGAUCUCAUGUGGAACAUUUAAUCAUGUUUUGCUGUUUACAUUAUAAUCAGAUGAAAUGCUAAUGUCUGAAUUAGGCUGAUGUUCAUUAAAUA